UUCGCUCACGUUAGUCGGUGUUUCUCCUCCAAUGGCGCUUGCCCCUCUCCAUUCUCACAUUGAACGGUUUAGCCAAUGUCGUACCGCCUCAUAAUGGACCGAGCCUAUCAAUGUCCGCGCUCACAAUGGAAAUCGGCCAAUCACCGUGGCGACAUGCGAACCUAUCAAUGUCCGCGCUCACAAUGGAAAUCGGCCAAUCACCGUGGCGACAUGCGAACCUAUCAAUGUCCGCGCUCACAAUGGAAAUCGGCCAAUCACCGUGAGCCCUCCCUCUCUCAGACGCCCUCACGCCCCCCACCACCACAAACAAAACAAAUUUCGAAUUUUAUUUUUAAAAAUAAAAACCGUUGGAAGAUUCUGAAAGUCAGAUGUCAGUAGCCUAGCUUCGUUGAAGAAGGAUUCGUCAUCACAUCAUUGAUCUCUCGACCUAAACGAUCUUGCUAUGAGCACCAAGCCAAAGAGCCACAAAGGUAUGGGGGAUGGGGAGUGGAUGGCAAGGCUUAAGGCAUUUGCCAGCACUGGGGUUUGGCCUUCCAAUGCAGGGAAUAGACCAGCCCCAAGGCAGAAGAAAUGGCAUGAUAUCUAUCAGAAGAUAGAAAAAUGCCCCAUGCAAGUUCGGGGACAGACCACCCUUUUUGGAGCGUCUGUCACUUGUGACUGUGGCUUUCACACUGUUAAACCUGCACUGCAGCCUCCUUCUGCACCUCCUUCUUUGACCCCACAGUCUGUGGGUUCACAAUCUAAUUCUGGAGAUACAGCAACAGCCACCCGCUGUUUCCUGAGGUCCCCUCCAUCUUUGUCAAGGUUCACUAAGUCCUAUUUUGGGGGUUCUCUUUCGGAUUCAGUGAAGCCAAACUUGGUGGCCCGGAAGACACCGAGUCCCUCUCCAUCCUCUGUGAGGAGCCCAAGUCCCUCUCCAUCCUCUGUGAGGAGCCCAAGUCCCUUUCCAUCCUCUGUGAGGAGCCCAAGUCCCUCUCCAUCCUCUGUGAGGAGCCCAAGUCCCUUUCCAUCCUCCGUGAGGAGCCCAAGUCCUUCUCCACCCUCUGUGAGGAGCCCUAGUGUUGCUCCAUCCUCCCAGACACACUCCGGCAAGACAGUUGCAUCUGAACAGCCUUCAACGUCUCUGUUACAACCAGCUGCAGGUGAUAAUGCAGCUUCUUUCUGGUUACCGAGUGAGAUGAGGAAAACCAUCCCUGUGCAGGAUCAAAGAUGGAUCUCAAAUACCCUCUUUAAAUCUGGCAAACUGCGCCCAGAUUUAAAGCUGUGGUACGAGCCUCCUGCGCCGGCCCUCAUUUACCAUCAGGUGCCAACACCUGAGAGGUUUUUUUCACAUCGGCUCCUCGUAUGGAUGCCCUACCAUCAGUGGAAGGUCAGGGUGUUCUGCAAAACUUGUGGGAAUCAUCUUACAGGUGCUGGCAUCCACAAGAGGGCUCGGAAAGUCCUGGAUAUUGAUAGGUAUUACCUCCUUGUGACGGAGACACUCAGGUGCAGCGGGUGUAAUCUCACGUAUCUAUCAACAUCCCAGAGCAUCCGAGACCAGCUGGACUUGCCGCACCAGAAAUUAUUUCGGCUCAUCCUCACCCAAAAGUAUGCUUGUGACAUACGAGUGAUCAGGCUGAUGAGAGACAGGACACAGGGCAACAGUUCAGCACGGCUGCUGAAGCAGCUGAAAGAAAACCACGGGGAGGAGUGGCUGAACAGGUUGGGGCACUAUCUGGAGGAGUGCGCUAACUUUGUAAAUAGACCCAGCCUUUUCCCUGUGGUGUGCCAGGAGCCCCCAGAACCAGCUGACAUCCCCACUGAUCGCUGGUUGUUGUCAGUGUAUGGCAGAGAUAUUCUGUCACGCAUAGAACACAUAAAAGCCAGCAUCACCUCCACCUUGGGGACAGUUCUGAAGCUGGACUCCACCAAAAAGAUCACCAAAAAGCUGGCUGGCCACAGCAAAGGAACGGCUCUGUGGGUGUCGUCAGUCAGCAAUGAGCUGGGCCAAAUAUUGAAUAGUGUCCUGACUGUCCAGGAGGGUCCAGGACUGGACAAAAUGGCUGCAGGACUGAUGGAGCGGUACCGCCAGGCUGGGGCUGCACCUCCAAAGGUGCUGUAUGUGGACUGUGGCUGCUGUGUUAGUGAAGGCCUCAGCAAGCUGCAGGCCAGGUUUGGAGGGUGGCCAGAUAUUUACAUUCGCCUGGACAUUUGGCACUUUAUGCGGAGGCUGGCUGUUGGUUGUACCACGGAUGCCCACCCUCUGUAUCCUGCUUUCAUGCGGGCACUGUCCUCCUGCAUUUUUGAGUGGGAUGCAGGGGACCUUGACCUUCUUCGACGAGCGAAAGAAAGGCAGCUCCAGCAGGAACAGAGGCCAGGUAUAACCAACACCAUGGUGGACAGGCAGAUAACCAAGAAGGAGUUGAGUAAUUUCUGUCGUAGGAGGACACGGGGAGAGGACAUCACUACUGUCCUUAUUGAACGACUGCUGGAGGAGCUGAAUGGUCCAAAAGGGAGAGAUUUGAUGGGGGUUCCCUUACUGGAUGAAGUCAGGAUAAAACACAUCUGGGGUGUCCAAAAACGGCAUGUGAAAUGCAUUCAGGAUGUUGCAGGGAUUCAGUUGUACACUGAGGUGGGCAGUGUCAACAAGAGCGGAAUCAAGUUGACACGUUAUCGCUGUUCACGAGGCUCUACAUCCCUGGAGUCAUUUCAUUGUCAUUUAAACAGGUUUAUUCCAGGAACCAGUGCAAACUUACUGAAUUUCCAGCUCUACCUCCUGGAAGGCCUGAAUAGAUGGAAUCAGGAUCGGGGUUCUGCAGCAGUGACCAACAAACCAUCGUCUCUUCUGACAUAUGCUGGAGACAUGACUCAGUCCAUAAAUCAGAACAGCUUGAAGGUGCUGGGACGAGAGUACGUCCCACAAUUUAUGCCCCCUUCAAAGUACACAGGUGAGCUACUGGGCGUUGACUACCUUCUAAGUCAAACAGGAAAGCCACUGAAACCCCAGCCUGACUCAGAAGAGACAGAUGUUCUGCUGGAAGAUGUGGAGGCUAAUGUAGCAGAGGAAGAUGAAGGCUUUGUGGACGAAGAAGCUUUGGACUUUCUAGUAUCAGAGCUAGACGAUGAGACCCUUUUCUCAGCUACAUCACAUCUCGAAUCCUCCUCCCAGCCUGCUGCCUCCACCCAGCCAGCUCCUGCUGCCUCCACCCAGCGUGCUGCCUCCACCCUGUCUGCUCCCUCCACCCAGCCUGCUCCCUCCACCCAGCGUGCUCCCUCCACCCAGCGUGCUGCCUCCACCCUGUCUGCUCCCUCCACCCUGUCUGCUGCCUCCACUCUGUCUGCUCCCUCCACCCAGCCAGCUCCCUCCACCCAGCCAGCUCCCUCCACCCUGUCUGCUGCCUCCACCCAGCCUGGCAUUGCUGAGCCUAUGUCAGAGGGUUUAGAUGAGGCCGGUGUACCAGGCCUGGACAAAGUUGACAGCUUGGCUGAGUAUCUGGUGGAGCUAAGGAGCAAAACCUCACUGGUGCUGACCAACCAGGAGGUGAGCUGCAUUGUUGCUCUGUGGCAGAACCUGCUGGAGUUUGAUAAACAGAGAACGGUAUUUGCUGCAAGACAUCAAGAAAGAUUGAACACUGGGAGGUUUCGGUCCCCCAAGAAGAGGCAAGAAUUUACUCCUGGGGUUGAGAGUGUAAAGAGGCAUGCUCUAACCACUCCAGCCCCAUCUGCCCAAUGGCCAGACUGCUGCCGCUUGGUGGAGACCAUCUUUGUCCGACUGUGCAAUAUCCAUCGUAGUCCAAAGAAAAGAGGAUCAGGCACAGUCUCCAGGUGCAGCCCCUGCUCAACCUGGUAGAGAACCUCGAAAAUUGACUCGCAAAGUUUUGCACAACACAUGCAAAAAAUGCGGGCAGUUUAGAAUAGCUGAAACAGGACACAGCCAAUAUAGAGGGCAAAUUUACUGUCCCUCUAAUGAAAGUCUCACUAAAGAGCAGUGGCUGGAACAAAUUAAAAAGAAAAAAUAAACAUUUUCUUUAUUUUAAAUAACUUCACUGUAUAUAAGUUUUAUUUAGUUCAUAGUGUGUUUAUUUUGUUUUGGGUUAAUGAUACAGAUAUUUAUUCUUAUUGUCAUUGUGUACACAAAGUAAUUCAACAAACCAUACAGUAAAAGGAUUUAAGUCCUUCAGCAAACCACAAAUUUCUUGGUUAAGAAAAAGAAAUGGGAGACUUCAAUGGAAAUGUGUUGCAUCCAAAUGCUACAAUGUUUUGGGACUAACUAAAAAUGUUUAAUUCACUGUCUUAAUUGUUGAAUAAAUAUUUGGUUCUUUUAAACCGAUAAGGUCUAUGGUCUUUUGUGAGUAAAUAUUAGCUGCUUCAAAUUCUGAAUUAUUGGUAAUUUAAGCAUACACUAGAAAAAAGAUAUCAUUCACUUCACUCAAAGUACUUUAGGAAAGACACUUGCAAUUUUAGUUUCAGUCACUGUUUUGCUGUGAAAAAUGAAAAUAAGCACUGAGUAUGAUUAAGGACAUUAAAAUAUACAUCAAGUAUAUAGUAUACAGUAUAAUUUAACACAUUAAUUUGAAUAUAUCAGAAUAAAAAAGCAAAAUUAAUUAAGCAAUUCAAAGUUUUAAAAAGAAAGCCUUUUAUGACAAGUGUUGGGUUUUAGUUUACAGUACUACACUAUCUGUACAAAAAAGCAUUUAAAAUGUUUUCAAGAUACAAAAAAACAGCCGUUACUUCAUAACACUUAAACAUUAAUUGUGGGAAAUCUUUUCACUAAAACAUAGUAUGGCGACUGGUAGGAUCGAACUCGCGACUCUGGGAUCGGCCUCACUCUUCCCCUUUCUUCUCCCCUCCCU